AUGCCGCCCAAGAAGGUUGAAGUUGUCAAGGACAAUGUCGUCGCUUUCGGAAGGGUUAGCAAGAACCUGAAGAUGGGAUGUGUUGGUCUGCCCAACGUGGGGAAGUCCAGUCUGUUCAACCUCUUGACCGAGCAGAGCGCCGCGGCAGAGAACUACCCCUUUUGUACGAUUGAGCCCAAUGAGGCGAGAUGUGCCGUUCCCGACGCUCGAUAUGACUUUCUGUGUGACCUUUGGAAGCCGCCUUCCAUGUACCCCGCGUAUCUGCAGGUCACCGACAUUGCUGGCCUGAUCAAGGGCGCUUCGCAAGGAGCGGGACUUGGAAAUGCCUUCCUGUCUCACAUCCAGGCUGUUGACGGCAUGUUCCACAUUGUCAGAGCAUUCGAUAACGAUGAAGUUCUUCAUGUCGACGACUCUGUCGAUCCUGUCCGGGACUUGGAUACCAUCCAAAGCGAGCUUUGCAAGAAAGAUCUCGACAUUCUGCAGAAGACAAUUGUCGCCGAGGAACAAAUCGUCAGAAAGGCUGGUGGCAAAUACAAGAUGCUGCCUCUCUUCACAGAGACAACAACAAAGAUCCAAGCCAUGCUUGAGAAGGACCAGCCAGUCAGAGACGGAAGCUGGACGCCGGCCGAGAUCGCUCUCAUCAACGAGAAGAUCCAGCUCAUCACCACCAAGCCAACCAUCUACCUCGUCAACUUGACAAUGAAGGACUACCUCAGACAGAAGAGCAAGUACCUGCCGGCCAUCGCCAAGUGGGUUACCGAGCACGGCGGCGUUCCCCGCGACAUCAUCCCCUUCUCCAUCGAGUUCGAGGAGAAGCUUCACAGCUUGAAGGAUGAUCCCGCCGCGCAGGCCGAAUUUCUCAAGGAGAGCAAGGUCAAGUCAAAACUGGACAAGAUCGUCACCGAGGGAUUCACGAAGCUCGGCUUGCAAUACUACUUCACUGCUGGUGAGAAGGAGAUCAGAUGCUGGACUAUCCCAAGGGGUUGCCUCGCGCCCCAAGCUGCUGGAGCUAUCCACAGCGACUUCGAGAGGGGAUUCAUCAAAGCCGAAGUGGUCGCCUACCAAGACUUCCACGAUCUCUGCGAAGGAGGCAAGUCCAUGGGCCCCAUCAAGGCUGCUGGAAAGUACAGACAAGAGGGAAAGUCAUAUAUGGAUUCAAGCACUCUUUUUCGAGUCGACGGCAUGGUCGCUGUCAUCACCGGUGGAGGCACAGGCAUUGGCUUGACCAUGGCUAAGGCUCUAGCCGCCAACGGCGCCCAAAAGGUCUACAUUCUGGCCCGUCGGCUGGAUCUCCUCGAGAACGCAGCCAAGGAGUUCUCAUGCUUCGUUCCUAUCAAGUGCGACGUUACCUCCAAGGAAGACCUCCAAGCGGCCGUGGACCAAAUCACCAAGGAAGUCGGCUAUGUCAACCUGGUGAUUGCCAACUCCGGAAGCCUCGGUCCUCCGGUGCGCUUCAACCCAGACCACUCCAUUCAAGAGACGCGCAAGACUCUUUUCACCGAUUUCGACAUGGAGGACAUGAACGACGUCUUGAGCAUCAACGUGACGGGGGCAUUCUUCACCAUGACCGCCUUUCUUGAGUUGCUCGACGCUGGGAAUAAGAACGCCCUCAAGGGUGGUUUCGGUAAGCCCGUUGAUGGCGGCAAGGUUCCAGUCAUCCAGAGUCAGGUCAUCUUUACGACUAGUAUCUCCGCCUUCAGCCGCCAUUUCGUUUCGACUCCUCCCUACAUGACCAGCAAAGUCGCGAUCAUGCAUGUGACGAAACAGGCUAGCACGCAGCUUGCGAGGUUCGGCAUUCGUGUCAAUGCCAUCGCUCCAGGAUUGUAUCCUUCGGACAUGGCUGCAGGCAUCAUAGGUGACCGCAAGCCAGAGGAAGAGACGGUAAAUGACAAUAAGUUCAUUCCGGCGCAGCGAUUUGGCGGGGACGAGGAGAUGAGUGGCGCGAUUCUGUAUCUUGCCAGCAGGUCUGGAAGCUACUCAAAUGGAUCUAUCCUUGUGACGGACGGUGGUCGGCUUUCUGUCAUGAACAGCACUUACUAG